CUCCUCCAGGCUGCCGUCACCGGGGCUGCUGGACCAGAGCAACUCGGCACCAACAAACAGCCGCCGGCUGCUCCUCCGUGCUGAGGGAAGACUCGGUGCAGUCAGGAGACUGCCCCGCCGUGCCUGCCCGUCAAGUCCCGUCAAGUCCAGCGGUCCACGGUUAACGACAUGGCCUCCGACGGCAUGGACGAGCGAUCUCCGCUGCUGUCGGGUCCCAACUCGGAGAACGUGACCCCCGUCGCUCCCGCGUACCUGCAGGAUUCAAGUCCCCGAGCCGAACUACCUCCUCCCUACACAGCCAUCGCGAGCCCCGAUGCCGCCGGUGUGCCUGUCAUCAACUGCCGCGUUUGUCAGUCGCUCAUAAAUCUGGAUGGAAAGCUGCAUCAGCACGUGGUGAAGUGCACAGUCUGCAAUGAAGCCACGCCCAUCAAAACCCCCCCAACAGGGAAGAAAUACGUGAGGUGUCCCUGUAACUGCCUGCUCAUCUGUAAAGACACGUCCAGAAGGAUAGGAUGUCCUCGACCAAACUGCAGACGGAUAAUCAACCUGAGCCCAGUGAUGGUUAUCCCGGAGGAGCAACCUGCCCAGCCGGCACUGCCCAUCCAACCCGAGGGGAUGAGGGUGGUCUGCGGUCACUGUGGCAACACCUUUCUUUGGAUGGAGCUUCGGUUUAACACGCUAGCCAAGUGUCCCCACUGCAAAAAAAUAUCCUCUGUUGGCAGUGCGCUCCCUCGGAGGCGUUGCUGUGCUUAUAUAACUAUAGGAAUGAUCUGCAUUUUCAUUGGAGUGGGUUUAACAGUUGGGACUCGGGACUUUGCCAAUCGUUACAACGCCACCUACGUGUCCUGGGCGUUCGCCUACCUGCUGGGUCUCAUCUGUCUGAUACGAGCCUGCUACUGGGGCGCGAUCAAAGUCAGCUACCCGGAGAACAGCUUCGCCUAGAGCUGGAAAAACAAACCCCACUUUUAGUUUCUUUCCAUUCAGAUUUCAAACCGGUCAUGUUCAACGCGUCUGGACAGGAGUGUGUUGGAGAGGCGUUGUGUGUGUGUGUGUGUGUGUGUGUGUGUGUGUGUGUGUGUGUGUGUGUGUGUGUGUGUUGGAGAGGUGUAUGUUGGAGAUGUAUCUUGAAUCUUGUUGUUUUUGUCUGGAAGGUUUUGGAGUUUUGACUCGCUGAACAAGCCUAAUGUAUGUCAAUCAGUCCUCCUAGUCCACAAGGACUUAAAUCCUGGCCAGGUUUUGCCAAAAUCCAGAAUCAACCUAAAGAAUUAUGAUUUUUCUUUACGAAUGACAACAUAUUGUUAGAUUGUUUAGCAAACUGGUUGGAUUUGGUCUUUCUGGACCUUUUUGUUGUUGUUGUUCAGCACUUGAUUUCUUUUGUUACUGACCAGACCAAAAUGAGACAACCUCCUAAGAACAGUUUGCCCGAUGCACUACGAUUAUAUGCAAUUGUAUGUGUUGUUUUGCUGCUAGUUAAACUCCAGCUACAGAAAGCUGAAUACCCACACUGUAUUGUAACCUUUUAUCUUGCCUGUGUUUACACUGACUUAAUAUUGCUAUAUGAUUUUAACUCUAAAUGAUCAGUUUUUAAAACAAAUUCUUGAAUACCCAUUUGUGCCAACUUUGCUGCCCAGUAUUAGUCAAGAAGAUCAAAAGAUCAACAGGAGCUUGUUUAAAAAAAAUAAAAUAAAUGAAAGUGUUCAAUUUUGGUGCCAUGCAGCUUUGAACGCACUCCAGCAAUAACCCUUUUGUUUGCGUUAUUUUGCCCUUUUUUGUUUUUCACUGCGCUUCUGUUGCCUCCUCCCCCAAAACAUGGGGACUCAUGUUUGCAUGCUGACUUGCUUAUGCUCUGUCACUGAGGUGCAGUCUGUCAGUUUUCAGAGAGGUAGCUGAAGCUUAUGAUGCUCUUGUCUUGGCUCCGUCAGCCUGUGAGUUAGAAUGUAAACCCUCCACUUCCUCCCUCAGCUUAUAAACGCCGCUCUGUGACCUCCGGUGACCUCGGUGCUAGCUAGCAUCACUAUAGGCGUACUCGGCUUCCUGUCUCUUUACCUUGAUCCGUGGGCGCAGAUCAGACUUCUAACCUUGUUUUGAAUGUGAUGAUGAUGAUGAUGAUGAUGAUGACAACAUUAGCGAUGAUGAUGAUGAUGAUGAUGAUAGUGAUGAUGAACACAAUGUUAAAAAACAAACUCUUUGUACAUAGUUCAAAUUCAGUACUUGGAAAACUGUAGUGAGAGGUGAAAGCAGAAGACGACUCGUGGGUCUUUUUAAAAAUUAUAAUUUAUCAAUAAAAUGCAAAAACAGUAUUGUACAGAAUGCUCAUUGGCUGUGAUGUUUCAGACACACCUGAAAACAAGGUUCAAUCAAAAGGGAUGUAGAGAUACCUUUCUUCUGGGUUUCCAUUUUAGGUUACUUUAUGCUUCCACUUCACUACAUCUCAGAGGGAAAUAUGGUACUUUUUACUCUACUACAUUUAUUUGACUGUUAGAUACUUUUCAGGAUAAAUAUUUUCAUGAAAAACAUGAUUUAAUGAAAUGUGAUACAUUACUAUAGACCUUCCAACAAUAAAAGUAACAUUAAAAGGCUGUUUACAUAAUUAUGUGUCAUUGAUGAUAAUUCAAUAAUACAAAUUGUAUUUC